GGAGGAGGAGGAGGAGGAGGAGGAUGGAGGAGGAGGAGGAGAUGCGGGCGGCGGAGGAGGGGCCCAGCACCCCCAAAAUCUACAAGCAGCGGGGUCCCUACAGCGUCCUCAAGACCUUCCCCGGCAAGCGGGCGGCGCUGGCCAGGCGCUACGAGAGAGCCGGCGCGAUGGUGGAGGUGCCCCGGGGGCGCGCAGCGGGGCAGCCCUUCCCGCACGCCGCCGAGCCGCUGCCCUACCCGCCCUUCCCCAACGGGCCCGCACGCCCCGCCGCCGCGCACGGACACCCCCGCACGCCGGCACCGGGCUCCGCGGGCCGCUACGGCCCCUGCCCGCCGGGGGGAGCGGCGGCGGCGGCGGCGGGGCCGGCGGCGGGGGGAGCGGGGGGCGGCGGCGCGGAGCUGAGCGCAGAGAGUCGAAUGAUUCUGGAUGCCUUUGCCCAACAAUGCAGCCGGGUUCUAAGUCUUUUAAAUUGUGGUGGAAAACUACUGGACAACAAUCACUCUCAGUCCAUGAUUUCUUGUAUAAAGCAGGAAAACCCAAAUUAUAGUGAAAGACAAGAGCAAUGUCAGCUUGGGAAAAUGGUCCAUAGUCAGACGUCAGACAUUUUAGACAUAGAGAUGCAGUAUAUGCAAAAGAAACAACAAACCUCAGCCUUUCUGAGAGUUUUUACUGAUUCCCUUCAGAACUAUUUGCUUUCUGGGAGCUUCCCUUCUCAGAACACCUCGUCAGUAAAUGAUUUUAGCCAUUUGGCAGAUGUGGAUCCACUUUCAACCUCUCCAGUGCACACUUUAGGUGGAUGGACAUCUCCAGCAACUUCUGAAUCUCAUGGUCACCCAUCGUCUUCUACGCUUCCAGAGGAGGAAGAGGAGGAAGAGGAAGAAGGCUACUGCCCUCGGUGUCAAGAGCUGGAACAGGAGGUAAUUUCAUUGCAACAAGAAAAUGAGGAGCUUCGCAGAAAACUGGAGAGCAUUCCAGUGCCCUGCCAGACUGUUUUAGAUUAUUUGAAGACUGUACUUCAGCAUCACAACCAACUUCUAGUACCGCAGCCAGCAGACCAUCCGACUGAGGGGAGCAAGCAGUUGCUGAACAACUAUCCUGUCUACAUCACUAGUAAACAGUGGGAUGAGGCUGUAAACUCUUCAAAGAAAGACGGACGGCGACUCCUUCGAUAUCUCAUCAGAUUUGUUUUCACAACCGAUGAGCUUAAGUACUCAUGCGGCCUUGGGAAAAGGAAAAGGUCAGUGCAGUCAGGAGAGACAGGUCCUGAAAGACGUCCUCUGGAUCCCGUAAAAGUAACAUGUCUCAGAGAGUUCAUUAGAAUGCAUUGUACUUCCAACCCUGACUGGUGGAUGCCAUCCGAAGAGCAAAUAAACAAGGUCUUCAGCGACGCAGUAGGACACGCUCGGCAAGGGCGUGCGGUGGGGACUUUCCUUCACAAUGGGAACUCAUACUAUGAAGGGACUGACCAUCCAGGAUCACAGGACGAAGUUUUCAAUAGAGGUAUGCAAGACGGAUCUGGCGAUUGACAGCAGUGAGAGGAAAUUCAUGCAACAGUAGCAAGCAGUUAAUUUAGAAGAGACUAUUUGUUAAGCAUACUUACCCUGAAGUCAUUUAAGAGUCCAAAGCAUGUUUGAACACAUACUGCAUACAUUUCAGCUUCUCCAUCCUACCAUGUCCCCGUUUACAGAAAGAAAUCCAUUUCAAGACCUGCCCUAUGGGACUUCUCAGUGCCUAUUAUUUGCAAACCCUUCAUAGCACCCCCAAGGGGAAACUGCUGUUCAUUCCAUUUAGUUCUAGAGGAAAGAUCAUUUAAAAAAUAUACAAAUUUCAAAAGAAACAAGAGCUACCAUCUUGUCUGCCCAUUGGUAACAAGCCCAGGUCUGGACCCUCAGACAGAACAACCAGGUACUAUUUGCUUUUCCUAAGUAGGAGAUGUAAGAAUGAGUCUGCGUGCGUGUGACCAAAAAAAAACAAAAAAAUGUGGUUGCUCAUUUCUUAACAGCAAGCAGUAUAAUUAUAAAUGCUACCUUAAAAUACCACAUGAGAUGGAAAAUUCAGGGACUUCCUUCAGCCAGCUAUGCCAGGAAAUUAAGCUUCCUGGAUAAAACAGCAGCGCUCAUCAACAACAGAAUCCUUCAAAGACCCAGAACAAUAACAGGCACUUCUAAUAGAUAAAAAUUGCUUUGUGUAUCGGAUAGACACUAUAUUUAUCUAGAUUUCUAAGGGAUUAGAGUUGAUCAUGACAGUUUUCAUUAAAAAAAAGAUUGCUAAAAACAAAUUGCCAUUUCAGAAGACAGGUUUUGCUUUGUCUGAUCCUAUUCUGCAGCCAUAUUAUGUAGCUUUAGAGGUUUUAAAUUGCCUUUUCUUGUUUUUGCUUUCAUUUGUGUUUUAUGUCCAUUCCUUGAAACAGAUGAGGCAAUGUGCUGGUCUCAACAGUCAGAUGCUCAGUGGUGCAUUCAGGGAGGGGUUGAGUUAGAAAAGCCUAAUUUAGCAUUUUGUUGUAAGAAACGUAAACCUGGGAUCCAGACUAAGAGCUGUAAAAAAGGAUGUGUGGUAGAGCAGAAGCCAAUUUACAGCAGAAGCAAUUUACAUGGGAAGCAGAUGCUAGCUCAAAAGAAAAACAAUCCAUCCAUUAAAAAUGUUUAAUUUCAAAGGCUUGGGAGUCCCUUGUCCCUCCAAAUUGACGCACUCCAGAAAUACGUAAUGCCAAAGAAACAAUACCCUUUCCUUUCAGCAUCAGGGUGUUUCGAUCUCCGUGCCCCGGCCAGUCGCUCAGGCUGGUACCGGUGUUCUCCAUAGCCUGGCCCAGCUCUCCUUGAGGCAAUGCUCCCCGGCCGGCAGGGACAGGGCACUGGUUUGGGGAAAGAAAAUCCACUCCGCUUGUGAUCACCUUUAGUGCUACCUCAUCAGUGUUGAUUCUCCUGAACGUGUAUCUCAUGCUCCCCAGCUUUCCUCCUUGCCUUGCGUACACCAUUAGAGAAGCUACUAAUUGCUCCUUCUACCAUUCUCCUCUCCUUCCCAACCUCCUCCCCGCAUGCCGGGCAGGUGGGGAAGCACCCAGCCCGUGCCGUAAAGGUCAGGAAGGGCCCUCUGCCACGAAGCGUGCCCAUAGCUCCAGCCUGACCGCAGACGAAGGACUGGGGCAGCCUCUCAAAUGCCAGCUCACCCACACCAUCAUUUCUCCCUGCCGUCUGCCUCCCCUUUGCCUGCUGCCAUGAACGGCGCAUGGCUCCAGCCGCAGUAGACGGAGCCGUGCUCAGCCAGGAUAUGCUUUAGGCCCUUAAAUGCUCGAUACCUCUCAGCUCGUUUUCAUUUUGCUAAUUUUUAAAAGGUCGAAAGGCACUCAUUUGACUCAGAAGAACCAAUUUAUCAGAGAACAAGCAGUUUGGUCACACUGCUCCUUCCCGGGCCAAGGGGGUCGGGGCAGCAUCCCUCGUGCAGGCAGGAGGUGACUUUCUUUGACCAGUCAGUGGUGUGCGGUGGUCGAGGGGGAAGACACUCGGUGUAUUAAAAUGUCACAGUACAGAUAUCCUUUAGUAGCUUUUCCGUGUUGAACUUACACUUUUUUUUCUUUUAAGAGAACUAUAAUAGAAGAUGUUACAUUGCUCAGAUGGUGUAAGUCUUGCUGGUAUAUGUUUAAUGUGGUGACACUUGCCAGAACUACUUGGUAAAACAUGUCAGAGCGUGCGAGUCAACAUUAUGCUGUAAAUUUGUCCACAGCGAUAUGUAUCAUGCUGUAUUUUUUGUAAACAUUGUGAUGGUUCCUUUCAAAUGGUUAAGCAUAUGAGAUUAAAAAUACAGAUGCUUCAUUUUUAAUAGUCACAGAACAGAGUUACUGGACCGGACAGACCUCUCUCACUUAAUAACCUAAAGAUUUUGCAAAUAACUAGUAAGUCUAGCUUUAUUUUUAGUGUAAGAAGUGUAACCAGUGUCCUGGUACCACUCCCAAUCCUGUGCUCUCAUAUUGUGCAAAAUAACCAAAUGUAUAGUUUCAUCCUGAAAGCCACUUUAGCACUAGAAAUGGCUUGGCAGGUUUGGACCUUUCUUUUUGAACAAAAUUUUGCCCUCAGCUGCUUCUGUGCAAUCACCAGUGACAUGAAUAGUAGUCACAGACAGGCAUCAGAAGACAGGAGCCCAUCUCUUUUUUUGUUCAUGCUUGUUUUUUAAAAAUAAUAGACCACGGCAGCCUCUCUCUUGUUUUUAACUGCCAUCAUGGCCACUUGACUCCUGACCCACCCCUUUCGUUUAAAAACCCUUUCACAACUACUUGUUCCAAUUAGCUUAUUCACGAGGCAUUAUGAAUCCAUGCAGAUCGAAGCAUCUAUGUAUCCGCAAGAUGUUAGGUAUAACGCUACGGGACCCGAAAUAAUAGAUAGCCUGUAAGCCCUCGCACAGCGAGAUAUCCAUAUUUAAGCACCGUGCUUUGUAAGUCAGCACAUCCCUUCUCCAUGCUGGAUGCAGGCGGCAGGCUGGCAGCAGAAGGAAGCUGCUAUCUGUCAUGUCACUCCAGCAAGUCCCAGGAGGAUAGAUCCUUGUCUUAUCCUUCCAUACUCUUUAAUCUUACUGUCAUUUAUGUAUCUGCCUUCUCUCAAACUUUGUGUAGCAGUACCGCACGCCCAUCUGUGCCAACAUGCCUUCGCUAUAUUUUCUAUGACAAAUAUUUGUGGAGAAACUGUGAUUAAAAAACCAUUAAUCCCGAUAUUUUUAUUGUUAUGGUGUAGUUAAUUCUAUGAAUACUUUCUAAUGAUGAUUGUACUGUGUAGAGUAAGUACAGGUUAGGGAUAGACCUUUACCAGAUAUUGUACAAAAAAGUGCAUAGUGUAAUAUAGACUAGUAAGGUUUUUGUGACAAUUUCUAUAGGAUGUGUGAAUUGUUUUCUAUGUGGCAACACACAUUUCUUUUAAAAAAUAUAAAAAUCUUAGAGAAUUUUUUAAACAGUCAAUAUUUUUUAAUUAUAAAGACAUUUGUUACCUACAGUUUACUAUUUCAGGUGUUAAUCCUAAUUUGAAUAUUGGUUUUAUUACUACAUACCUCC